AUGCUCGUCCUGCACCCCAGCUCGACGUGCGACGUCUGCCUCGAAGGCUACGGUGGUCGCAGCUUUCCCAAUGUCAUUUCCUGCGGCCAUUCGUUCUGUCUGAGGUGUCUGCAGUCGUUGACUCGACAGUGCUGCCCUCUAUGCCGCAAGGCCUUCGCGGUUUCGGAUGUUCGGAGAUUGCACGUUGACAGAGCAAACUCGUCUUCGCCACUAUCGCCCGACUCUUUGGAUGUGACAGAAGAAUCUUCUCAAUGUCGCCGAUUUCAGGAUCGGAUUACGCGCAUCGUAUUUGAGGGCGCAGACAAUACCGAUAUCGAUCUCUUCAGCAAGGAAGCGGACAGAUGGCUCAGGACGCAACCGAGCGAUGAGCAUGCACACCUACGCGCCGUGAUCGUCUUACUUCGGAAGCACAUCAACGUAGUUCCUCUCUACAAGGCGGCACAGCAGGAUCUUGCUCAGCUUCAAAAGGUCUGUGACGAUCUGAAGGAGAAAUUCCAGACGGAGAAGGAGGCUGGGCGGGCCAGAUACGAAGAGCUGGAACAGUCCAGCGCGCUGGAAUUGGAGAAUGCAAAGGCAGUGGAGAACAGCUUAAGGGAGCAGCUGGACUUCUUGCAGAACGAUUGGACUUCGUGA